GCUGUCGCUUCCCGAAUUGUGAUAUGGUUCGUGGCAAAAACCACGAGCUUGUGACGAAAGAAAAUGAUGCAAAAACUGUUCAAACUGGUCACACACCAGAAAACCUUUAGCACGGAAGAUCUAGUGCUAAACCCGAAAGAACAUCCGGAUCUGAAGCUUAAUGACAUCGUCGAAAUAUACCUACCGGAAGACGAUGGAUGCCGGCUGCUCCUACAAGUGACCUGCCUUAACAAAGACUUCAACUCGCGCGAAACGAUCAGCGUAGAGGUAAACGUGGCCACCACGUUCAAUCUGAAGGCUUACAACGAUGUCUACAUGCGCGUGGUCGAUCCGGCCGAUGUGGCGCUCGAUUCGGUCGAGAUUACGUUCAAGGACCAGUACAUCGGACGGUCCGAGAUGUGGCGGCUAAAGACACGGCUCACCAAUACUUGCGUGUAUCUGAACAAGAAGAUCGAAUCGUGCGAAGGCUGUAUCCGGUGCCAGGUGUACGAAAUGUGGUCCCAGGGCGAACGGGUCGCUUGCGGUGUUAUCAACGAAGAUACCAAGGUGGUGUUCCGUAGCAACACCUCGAUGGUGUAUCUAUUUCUGCAGAUGUCAUCAGAAAUGUGGGACUUUGACAUAUACGGCGAUCUUUACUUUGAGAAGGCGGUAAACGGUUUCCUGGCCGAUCUGUACAAAAAGUGGCAAAAGCUUGGCAGCAACCAUGAAGUCACGAUCGUGCUGUUUUCGCGCACUUUCUACACAGCGAAAAGUUUGGACGAAUUCCCGCCCCAUAUGCGCGAAUGUUUGCAGAUCGAUUAUAGAGGACGAUUUUAUGAAGACUUCUACCGGGUGGCCAUUCAAAAUGAACGGUGCGAUGAUUGGAGUACAACGCUUGUACAGUUGCGCCGACUUUUCACCGGCUAUCGGGACGUGGUGUUGAAGUAUCAUCAUCGAGGAGACCUUCCACCCGGGACACAAAUCCCACCGGCUACGAAUUCUACCGCCGCGCAGGGGAAUUUCUUGGAGGUGUUGAACAUCUCGCUGAACGUGUUUGAGAAGCACUACCUUGAUCGUAGCUUCGAUCGUACCGGCCAGCUGUCGGUGGUAAUUACACCGGGCGUUGGAGUGUUUGAGGUUGACCGGGAGCUAACCAACAUCACCAAACAACGCAUAAUCGAUAAUGGGGUCGGCAGUGAUCUGGUGUGCGUCGGUGAGCAACCGUUGCAUGCGGUUCCUCUCCUUAAGUUCCACAACAAGGACACACUCACCUCGAUCGACGAUUAUUCGAUGCCACACUGGAUUAAUCUUAGUUUCUACUCGACCAACAAAAAACUUCCCUAUUCCACAUUUAUUCCACGUAUCAAACCGCCCCCAGCGAUUGGCGGCAGUACGGAACCGCAACAGCCGCGUCCAGCCGGAGCAGGUCGGUUAAGAUUAACGAAGCAAACGGCCGAUAAAAAGAACGAAUACAUACACAACUGUCUGUUCGAUUACGACGCAUAUGAUGAUCAGAUAUUUCAGCUACCGGCCGUCCACGGGACAAGUUCGCUGCAGCGUAUGGCACGCACAAAGAAAACGUCCGUCCCCAGUCUGGAUGGGUUUGGGACGUACGCGCGCGCUUGCGAAUGGGAACAGGAUACGCUGAGUCCUUCCCAUUUGCGACGCAAAAUGUCUGAUCCGGAUAUUCACCACGCGUCGAACAGUCUGUUGAACGUGAGCAUUGCAUCGCGUAGCAGCUCACCUAACACGAGCGAUAUAUUGGGCAUGCCAAAGCCGACCGUUAUCACAUCACCAAUAAUGGAGGGUCGUACCGGUGCGUUUGGAUCUUCCAGUGGACCCGUCGUACGUACUGGAAGGGCUUUGAUCAAUCCGUUUGAUCCGUCACAUGUCACCAUUAAGCUGACAUCGAAUCGACGUCGAUGGACACACAUUUUUCCGAAGGGACCACAAGGUGUGUUAAUUCAGCAGCAUCACUACCAGGCCGUUCCUGCCGCAACCCAAACGCCUAGCUAUUUUGUGGAUCUUGACUCGAGCAGUGAAUAUGCGCACACUUCCACCUGCACCUGGGGACGGGCAAGGCAAGGAAGCACCGCCUCGUUCGAUAGCCGCCUCAACGAGGACGACUUAAAGUGGAUAACAGAAAAUGGAUGCAAUAGGAAAAAGUCCGUCCUACACUCACCGGCCGGUCCACACGUACCGGUAACACCGUCAAAAAGUCUUACCCUUCUGUGGGGUGCCACCGGCGAACAGGAAUGGACACCGGCCCUUACUACAGUUGGCAGAGUGAUAAUAGGUGUGGACUGGAAAUCGCUCACGAUGCCCGCCUGUCUGCCGAUCACUACCGAUUACUUCCCGGACAAGCGUUCGCUGCACAACGAUUACGUCGUGUCGGACUACACGCUACUGCCGGAAGACUUCAAUGCGGACUAUGCGCAGAAUCGUGCGGUUUACAAGAAACCACUGUCCACGGAUGAGGUGUUCAAAGAACUGGUAUCACAACGAUUGGCACAGGGCUUUCAACUCAUCGUGCUUCCCGACAAGAGUGCAACGAAUCCACCUCACGCACCAUGCUGCGGUGGCCAUCUACAACCAGUAUCGUAUUUUGCAACCGCGAGCAGCGUACUACGUCGUCAACCACCACAAGAACCGACCAAAGAGUAUCUACUAUCAAUUGGACGUAUCUUCCAUCGCAUCUCCCUGAGUGGUUCGGCGAUUACCGUGACACGAUAUCGGCCACGCCAUCCAUAUCCACCAAUCAACGUUGACUAUCGGUACCGGUUCCAUGCACCCCAGCACGACACGUACGAAGUGAGCGGCGUACACUUUACCACCGAAAAGCUGGAAAACUUUAACUGGAACUAUAUGGACCAGUACAUAUGUACCCGAGGCGACACGGAUUAUCCACUGCAUGAGAACAUGAAAUACUGGCGCUACCGGAUGUAUCUUCUACCGAAGGAUGAUCCAGCGAUGAAGAAAAUUCUCGACGGAACGGUACGGCGCUGUGACAUCUACCACGAGGACACGCCGUUCCCACCGGACCGGCAGAUCUGCAACGAUUUCGUACGCUUCGUCGAGGCACAUCUAAACAAAAUAAAAAAGCUACAACCGGUCAAGAAGACGAGGGGAUAUCCACAUCAAACGCACCUUACCAGACGACGCCACAGUACCAGCAUCCUGUCGAGACCACCACCGAAUCAGCAGCAUGGUGGAUGGGUAAAACUGUAUUAUAACAGCACAAGUAAUGGCCAUUCUCAUCAUCUUCUUCACCACCAUCAUCACCAUACUCCUGAUCGCUUUACUUUCCCUAGCACUCUUGCCGGUAACAGUAUCCUCACACGAACCGGAUCGAAGGUGCUGGACAAAAGUGGAAGUGCCGUACAAUCGCCAACUCCGAUCGGUACCGGUCCGAUCGGCUCGACGGGGACAGCAACCGGCAACAGCAGCAACGGUCCAUCAACACCGGUAACGCCCGGCAUUGGAUCGCCUUUGAUGAUGGUUAGCUCGGUUGGUGGUAGAACGACGGUUGAUGGGAUACCACUGUCCACGCUAAACACGGCCACCGAGCAAGGCCUGCCGGAGGAUGGUGAUGAUUUCGGUGGUGAAGGUGGCAAGCUAAAGCCAACCGCUACGCUGCAGGAAAUCUUCGAUGCAAUGCGCCAUCCGGUGCAUGGUGUGGGUUUUCUAGCCCCAGCCCAAAGUAUGCCUUCGUGCACUUUUGUGUCGUACGAUGCGAUCAACUGGCUGCAGAAUCGCAUCGAGGGUCCCUGCCAACCGGUGGACAUACUGGAAGAAAUGAGACGCAAUCGUCUCAUCUGUCACGCUUCUGGCGAUUUCAACAAACCGAUCGUCGCCGGCUUCUGUCUGUAUUACAUCGUACGGCAGGAGAAAGAAUCGUCCGAGUACGUGCCACCGCUCGGUGAUUUGGCCGCGUUCGAGAACGAAUGGAUGGAGGUGGAAAUACGGCAUCCGGAUCUUACCCGGCCAGUCGAUCCGCACGAUCGGGGUGUGCCGACGUUUUUGCGCGAAUCCAUCGACCGGCAGGAGGAGGAAGAUGAUGGAAUGAUGUACAAGCAGACACACCUGGAGAUUGACGUUGGUUCGAAAUCGGAUCGAACGGAGUGGGGACACGCACGGUACCACAAGCGUAUGAUACCGGGGCAAGCGUACGAGAUCGUUGUCCAGUGGAUCACGGCGUCCGGUCCGAUUGUGUACGAUCUUAUUUAUGGCUGGUGUCGAAAAGCGCAGCCCUGCGGCUUUCAGCUCGUUACCAUCCCGGCGGAUCCGCUGGCGGAACCGUUUACGGAGAAAUCGGACCCGUUGCGUGGACCUAUCUUCGUUCCACUCGACAUCGAGUGUUUGAAGCAACAUCGAAGCUUUCUGUUCCAGGAGUUCCCAAAAGAAACGUGGCCAGCGCGGUUGUUACUGUUUCAGGAAGCGAUCGUACGAAGGUUCGGUUUUAUGCGCUGUCCGGUUGAGACGAAAACGGGUUCCAAUCAAGUCUCGCUAGAUUAUCAGUACGUUCACUGCAGUGGCAAUAUGUUUCUGCUAGUACCGAACCCAAACGUUGGGUUGCGUUCCCGCCAACGGCUCGCAUCCGGUGGCAGUAACUUCAAGAAACCGAUCGCCUUCAUCAACCGUUACUCGGCUUCGUACGAAUCGCAGAUGGUCGCACCUAGUAGUCACGAACCGUCCUACAUCACGCGCCACGUCACCGGAGCUAAAGGUACUGCCAAGGACGAAACGGAAGUGAUCCGACGGACCGGUUUCCUUUGGUCCUGGAAUCACAUGAUACCGAACAAGAAGUGGAAAUCGCUAGUCAUCGCACAAACGGACGAUCUGUUUCAGCUGAAGAUGUUGCGCGACUUUAAGGAGUUUUGUGCUAACACCGAUCAACGGUUGGUAACCUUCUGGGAAUCUUGCUGGGAGCUAAAGGAGAAAGCUUCACUCGAACGUACCUGAGAGAGAG